AGGGGGAAUUUUAGUUGGGUUAUCCUCGCUGCCGCGGUCCAUGUCCCCUCAGAUAAAAGCCGAGCCCCACUGGCGGCCUUUCAAAGCGCACUGCGGAUCACAGUUUUUUCCAUCGAGGACGGGGGGGCGGUGGGAAGACCAAGGAUACUCUGCAUGGCUUGGUUCUUGGAGGAAAGCUUUCCAUUUGUUGAACUCGAGCAAAGGGACCUGGCAGAUCUGUUCCUCCGUUUU